UGCAAAUCCGCUCCCUUCACUGGGAAGACCCGCUACAGUCCAUUCGGCCCGUCUGUUUCAAUACUGAACACAACGUCCAGACGCUCAAGGCACCGAGGUGGCCUGGGGAAAUGGGGGUUAAAUUCUAAAUGAAGACCCGUUUCUGCUGCAUGCCGAUCGCAAAAGGGAUUAAAAAUGUAAUUCAUGGGAAUAGAUUUGCACUCUUCAUUUUUUUUUCGCGGUUCGGCGGGGAAAAGAAAACGAGGGGAAAAAAAAGAGCUCGAGCGUGUGUAGGUUGCAUUUUGUCAGUUCCGAGUGGAUUCCUGUGAUAAGGUAACUUGGACCAGGAACGGAAUCCAUCCAUGAAAUGUUAACCGUGUUACGUCAUUGACUCGCUCUGCCGCAGAAUUAGCGGAACUCAUAGGCUCUCCUAGUCCAGACAGCAAUCGUUCAGCCUACCUUCUUGGAGUUGGCAACAUCCUCUUUUGCACUCUCUUAUUGUGAGCUAGAGGGGGAGAGAGAGAGAGAGAGAAAGUAUAUGUGUGUGUGUGUUGUGUUUGAGUGCACGGUAAAUGUCAUUAAAACACGCGAUACGAACCAAGGGUAAACGUAGGCAGUGCUGAGCCUGUCAGCUAAAACCAAAUAGAGAAAUUGAGGGAUUUGUAGUUUUCUCUUAGGCGCUUUUAGUUUCUCCUGUUGGUGUGGAUGUGAGUGCGAAUCAGAGAGAGAGAGAGAGAGAGAGUGUGUGUGUAUGUGUGUGUGUGUGUGUGAGUGAGUGAGUGUGUGAGUGAGUGAGAGAGAGAGGGAAAGAGAGAGAUACAGAGUGUGUGUGUGUCUGUGUGUGUGUGUCUGUGUGUGUGUGUGAGUGUGUGUAUAUGUGUGUGUGUGUGCGAGCGACCAACAGGGAGAAUCCUUCCUAUCACUUCCCUGUGAAACUGGCGAUUUCUACCGAGCAGAGAGCAUCAUUUGAAUCAAAUCUUGCGGCCGUUCCGAAAAGGAGUGACGAAAAAGUCCUUUGGAAACUCGGCGUUUGGUUCCUCUCAAGAGUCUCUCUCCUCACCCCCUCCCGUUCCUCUCUCUCAACCCCCUUCUGUUCUCGGUGUCUUCAACUUCCAGCCACGCACAGUCUUCCUGUCCGAAACCUCUUCCCGCUCUCUCGGUAGGAGUGAGCAAGGGAAAGUGAAGUGAGGGAGAGAGAGAGUGAGAGAGAGAGAGAGAGAAAGAGAGAGAGAGAGAGAGAGAGAGGGAAAACAAAGCAAUGACGAAAGCCACCUGACUUAUCCGCGGUUCGAAGAACUAACACGUGCUUUUGCAAGGAAAAAAAACGUCACCCAGGCAAAAAUCUAUCCCAUAUGAUCAGUUCAGUCUGUGUUUCCUCUUUCCGCGGGCGAAAGUCUGGAAACAAACCUCCUUCCAAGUCAUGUUUGAAAGGAGAUAUGGGCAAAAACGAGGAGAGCGACAAAAUUGUCAUCAAUGUUGGGGGCAUUAAACACGAGACGUACAGGAGCACGCUUAAGACUCUGCCUGGCACCAGACUCUCCUGGUUAACAGAGCCGGACGCCUCCAGUAACUUUGAUUAUGACCCUAAGACCGACGAGUUCUUCUUCGACCGGCACCCCUCCGUCUUUGCCUAUGUGCUGAACUAUUACAGGACGGGCAAGUUGCAUUGCCCGGCGGAUGUGUGUGGACCGCUCUUCGAGGAAGAGUUGGCUUUCUGGGGCAUCGACGAGACGGACGUGGAGGCAUGUUGCUGGAUGAACUACAGGCAGCACCGGGACGCGGAAGAGGCGCUGGACAGCUUCGAAACCCCCGAGCCCGACGACGAGGAGGACGGGGACCUCAAGAGACUAUGCCUGCAAGAGGACUCUGGAAGGAAACUGGGCUGGUGGAAGAAACUCCAGCCCAAAGUCUGGGCUCUCUUUGAAGAUCCUUAUUCAUCUAAAGCUGCCCGGUACGUGGCGUUUGCAUCUCUCUUCUUCAUCUUGAUAUCCAUCACCACCUUUUGCCUUGAGACCCAUGAAGCUUUCAACCACCAAGUGAACAGGACGGAGACGAUCGUCAGGGGCAACGUCACCAGCGUGGUGGAGGACGUGGAGAUUGAGACGGAGGCAUUCCUCACCUACGUGGAGGGCAUGUGCGUCGUCUGGUUCACCUUUGAGUUCCUGAUGCGCAUCCUGUUCUGCCCCGACAAGAAGGAGUUCAUCAAGAACACGCUGAACAUCAUUGACUUUGUGGCCAUCCUCCCCUUUUACCUGGAGGUCGGCCUGAGUGGACUCUCUUCCAAGGCUGCCAAGGACGUCUUGGGUUUCCUGCGCGUGGUGCGCUUUGUCCGGAUCCUGCGUAUCUUCAAGCUCACCCGCCACUUCAUCGGGCUGCGUGUCCUGGGCCACACGCUGAGGGCCAGCACAAACGAGUUCCUCCUGCUGAUCAUCUUCCUGGCCCUCGGGGUCCUGAUCUUCGCCACCAUGAUCUACUACGCCGAGAGGAUAGGGGCCGACCCCGAAGACAUCACGGGCAGCAAGCACACCAGCUUCAAGAACAUUCCCAUCGGCUUCUGGUGGGCUGUGGUAACCAUGACAACCCUGGGUUACGGGGACAUGUAUCCGGAAACCUGGUCCGGGAUGUUGGUGGGAGCUCUCUGCGCCUUGGCCGGGGUGCUGACCAUUGCUAUGCCGGUCCCCGUCAUAGUCAAUAACUUUGGCAUGUACUAUUCCUUGGCUAUGGCCAAGCAAAAGUUACCAAAAAAGAAGAACAAGCACAUUCCCCGGGCACCCCAGCCGGGCUCUCCCAACUAUUGUAAGCCUGACAUCAAGUCCCCACAGAGGAGUGCCCAAGGUGACUCCUGCCCUCUAGCCCAAGAGGAGAUCAUCGAAAUAAACCGGGCAGAUCCCAAGCAGAACGGGGACGCCGCCAAUGCUGCUUUGGCCAAUGAGGAUUGUCCUACCAUUGACCAGGCCCUGUCGCCAGAGGAGAACCAGCCGGUCACGCCUGGAGGAAGGGAGAGGUACGCCCGGGACAGAGCCUGCUUCCUGUUGACCACCGGAGACUUUGAACACUCGUCUGACGGAAGUAUCCGCAAAGAUAAUUAUAAGGACAGUCCAGUGAUUUCUAGAUACAUGCAACUGGAGGCCGUCACGGUCAACUAGUGAUUCCCAUCCCUCACCCGUCUCCAGCACGACUUUCCCCUUGCUCCUGUAUUCUCCUCUCCUACCUUUGCUCUGGCCCCUCCUUUGCUCCCCUCCAUCACGUUCCCAGCCUCCUCUCCAAUAGCUCUGUAAUUCCCUUGACGUCCUCUUUCCUGCUCUUCAAUUUGCCUUUCUCCCUGCUUCCGCAAGCUGCUGGUCGCCUCGUCCUAUCCUCCCCGAUCCCAUCCUGCGUUGCUUCCUCCUGCCUCAUUUUGCAUCCUCUGGUCUUUCCCCUCUUCCCACGAGCCCUUCCGUCGCCUCACCCCUCCACCUCACUCUUCGCUGCUGCUUCCCUUCUUCCUUACCUCCCUCCAUCCAUCACCCCCUCCUCCGCCACCUCAUCUUGUUCAAUCCCAUUUCUCUUCACUCGUGAGCAGGAGUAACAAAAGGACAAAGGACCUGCCCCUCCCUCAACAAAAUCAAAUCCCGCCCUCCCCACACAAAAAAAAACUGACUUGCUGAUGACAACAUCGAAGAAGCAAAAAAAAAAGCAAAGGCAAACCGCGAAGGACGUGGGAUUUUGAUGUGUGGUUGUCAACCUACAGCGGACCAGAGAAAAUAUGUAUAAGCACGUUUGUACAUCAAAUGUGGGAGAAUGGGAAAAUAAAAGAACUGUCUGGUGUAAGAAAUUUUGGAAAGCGAGGGGUAAAAAAGCUGUGCAGGGAAUUGAACAAAGAAGUAUUAUAUAUAUUUAAAAGGUGCAUUUUUUCUCAGCCUCAGCAUGAAUUUGCAUGGUGUACUGUAAGGAUCAUACUUAAUGUCAUAUGCAAAAAAAAAUAUAUUUUCCUUCCAGAUUGCAAAACUCGAUGAAAAAAAUAUAUGAAAAAAAAACAACAAAAAAAAAAGAAUUUAGCCAAUCGUAUAAAAAUGUAUUAUUGAAAGAAUGCGGCACUUUCUUUUCUAUUUUUUAAUCAGAAUUAAUAUAAAAGGUGUGUAUACAAGAAAGGUGCCAAUACUCGGUCAUAUUGACCGUUUUUUUUCCCUGUCUCUCUCUUUCUCUGUCUCUCCUUUUCUCUGUCUCUCUCUUCCUCUAUCUCUGUCUUCAUCUGUUCCUCUCUCUGGCACGUUAAUCAAGUAAUAGAGAGUUAAAAGAUCUGUUUAAGUGUUACACUGUAGGUCCUGGGUGAUGUCUUUCCACAGAGUUUGAUGUUUGGACCCUUUUGUCGGUGAGAUAUCUUUCUCGUGCGGUCAGCAAAAACUCCAUUAAAGGCUGUUAAGGGUGAUGUUGCAGGUUGGAGUCAGGAAAGCCCUUUACUUUUACCGCAGCUCUCAGACGCAUGGAGGCUGCUGAAAUGUGGGAGCUUCCACUUUUGACUGAUGAGGUUUCAGUGCCAGGACCUGAAAGACCCCCAUCACCAUGCCCACUAAUGUAAGCAAUCUCCAGCUCUGAUCCCAGCGAAUCCCUUCCCUUUCCCCAUUCCCAUUCCGACAUGUCAUUCCAAAGCCUCCCCUUCUGCUACAAUGAGGCCACUCUCAGGGUGGAGGAGCAACAUCUCAUAUUUCAUCGAUUUCUCAAACCUCUGGGAAUUGCCCCCCUCCUCUCCUCUCAUUAACCAUUCCCCAUUCCCAUUUCCCUCUCCCAUUUCCUUAGCUGUCCAUCACCUCCUUUUGAUGCUCUUCCUCCCCGUUCCCCUUCUUCCAUGGUCUUCCGUCCUCUCCUCUCAGAUUCCUCCCUCUCCAGCCCUUUAUCUCUUUCACCAAUCAACUUCCCAGCUCUUUACUUCGUCCCCUCCCCCUCUCUUGGUUUCGCCUAUUGCCUGCCACCUUGUACUUCUUCCUCCCCUCCCCCCACCUUUUUAUCCUGACCUCUCCUCUUCCCUUCCAGUCCUGACGAAGGGCCUCGGCCUGAAACGUCGACUGUUUUCAUUUUCAUAGGUGCUGCCUGGCCUGCUGAGUCCCACCAGCAUUUUGUGUGUGUUGCAUCUCAUAUUCUAUCUAGGUAGCCUCCAACCUGGUGGCAUGAAAAUUGAUUUCUCCUUUCAAUAUUUCUCCUCUCCCCCUUCCCUCUUCUUCCAUUCCCCUCUCUGGCCUGUUACCUCUCCUCACCUGUAUAUCACCUCCCCCUGGUGCACCUCCUUCUUCCCUUUCUCCCGUGGUCCACUCUCCCCUCCUAUCAUAUUCCUUCUUCUCCAGCCCUUUAACCUUUCCCACCUACCUGGCUUCACCUAUCACCUUUCCGCGUGUCCUUCUUCCCAUCCUCACUCUUUUGUUCUGGCUUCUUUCCUCCUUCCUUCUCAGUCCCAAUGAAGGAUCUUGGCCUGAAACGUCGACUGUUUAUUCAUUACUGUAGAUGCUGCCUGACCUGCUGAGAUCCUCCAGCAUUUUGUGCUGUCACUCUGAUCACAGAUGUUGGGGCAUUGUUGAUAGUAAUUCAUUGGCAAGGAAUUAAUGAAAUGAUCGAUUCUUAGGGGCCUGGAGCAUCUGAUAAUCAAUUUGCUACAUGCUAGCAAGGAACGUCCUGAACCCUAGUUCCAUUAGGUCACUGAGGCGCCCUUUGCUUUAUUGGAAGAUGUGCUGACUUCAGCAAGUUAAUGCUAUUUACUUCCGGAGUUUCUCAGUCCAGGACACAAAGUGGGUUGAAAUGCCUGUUCCUUCAUCGUAACUCAGGUCUUGGUGAGCCACUCCUUUCCCCCACCCCGCCUCGCUAGCUCGUGGCCUGCAUUGCCGCGUCAUCGCACAAAAUCGAAACCCCUGUCCUGGGUAGUGCAAUAUAGCCUCGAUCACUGUGGUCUAAACUUUAUUGGCAAGAGCUGAGCAUCUCCCAGUCCUGGCUCACAGCAGACAGGACUUUGUAGCCAAACACUGUGAAAUGUAAUGGAGGCUGUCAACUGGAUAAAUAUGGCUCACUAUGCCCACUUCCACCUUGGAACCUCUCUGUUUAUGGGUUACAGUGUUUCUAGAGCUUUGACCUCUUCAGAGUGCAGACCCACACUCCGCUCCCUUAAUUCCAAAGUCCUUUAAUCCUCGUCAGGGACUAAGCAGCUCUGAAAUGCGUUUGCCUUCAUUGCACGUGCCAAAAUUUAGUCAAUGUGGAGAAUCAUGGUAAGGAUUGGCAUGCCACUGAAUUAAUAGGAUUGAAUGUUUUUUCCCCAAGUUUAACAAGUGCAGGAUCGGUUAGUUCUCCUCUCGGGGCUGCAGGAGAUAUUGUGUGGAGGAACAGUUUCUCUUCCAUCUGAGUCUGAAGUAGCAGCAUGAAAUAGUAAUGAUGUUGCUCACUACACAGGGUCUUUUAGCCGAAAAAAUGUAAGUAUCUCAUACACACACACACACACACACACACGGACACACACACACACACACACACACACACACACACACACACACACACACACACACACACACACACACACACACACACACACACACACACACACACACACACACGGACACACAAACACAUACACACUCACACACACACACACACACACACA